UAUUCUCUUCUCUAUGCACCUGACGUAUCCUCGCCGGAAUGUGGACACAAACAUUUCUACGCACUCAUACGCUUUCCCAAAGCGCGUGAUUGCAAUCUCAAGGUAACGAUUAGUUCCCGAUCAGUUAUACGCGGGUUUCUGCGGUGAGAUAGAGAGACAUUUAGAAAAGUAAUAGAAGGAUAUAUCAGGUAUUCUAAAUUUAUAUAGAGGACAUUUCGGAACGAAAAGGUAUCAUAUGGUAAUUAACAUAAAUAUCUCAAACCCUACACUCUCUCUUAGCUGCUCCAAACUCCAUUGCUACUCAGCUUCUCAUCUCUCUCGCGGCUAAGGUUUAAGCAAAACUUCUUCAGGGUGCAUCUUUCAACAACUGAUCAAGCUUUGAUCUGAAUGGACCCAUCAGUUUCUACGGGUGAAAAUCCGGAUUCCAACGAAAAUAAUCCUCAAGAAUCUGAAUCUGAAUCCAUUAACAGCCGCAGUGAUGCAUUAGGCAAGGCUUUAUCAACGAUGCUGGCAACUGUUAUUAAGGAUCUCGACUCUAAAGCUCAAGACACUCUCAAUAGCCAAGACAAACUUAAUUCUGCUAUUGAUCGUCUUACUAGAGAGCUUGAUCAGUUGUUGGAAGAUGCACCCUUACCGUUUAUCAUGCAGCAUGCAGCAAAGAUUUCAGGUGUUCGAAAGAGAGUUUCAUCAUUGAAUUUUGUUCUAAAAUCAAUACAGAAACGUGUUGAUAAUAUAGACCGACUGCUAUUUGUGGGCAUGCUUCAGGAACGGUGAUGCUGAUAUGAUUAAGAUGAUUCCCACGAAGCCCCUGGUGGUGGAGAUUUUCUCAGAGUAUCCCCCACUUGGUCGUUUUGCCGUGAGGGAUAUGCGCCAUACUGUAGCUGUGGGAGUGAUCAAGAGCGUGGAGAAAAAGGAUGCUUCUAGUGCUAAGGUGACAAAAUCUGCUGCCAAGAAGGGUGGAAAGUGAACCGAAAGCUAUGAUAAAAAUAAAGACUGGGUUCAACUUAGCCAUCUAUCUUUCGGUUUUUGCUUUCUGUGUCAUGAGAUUUUUAGCAUGUCUUCACCAUCAUCCCGGGGCUGUUCACAGAAUUGGGUUCUUGAUCGACGGUGGCAUCUAUUACGUUUGGAGUCAUUUUCUGGGUCUUUAUUGUGUCUUCAAUGUUGACAUUUUGUUGGACUGGUGUUUUAGUAGCUGGUAGCUCCUGAAUGUUAUGUCUUUGAACACCAUGGCUGCAUGUUCAAUAUUUUCUAUGAUUUCCACUUUUCUUUGUUCA